AUGGAUAUCGACGGUCACGACAGUGAGUCGAGUGUAGAUGUGCUCAUCAUUGGGGCUGGUCCAGCUGGGUUGAUGGCCGCGGCGUGGAUGGCGCACUGCGGUGUACACGCUCGCAUCAUUGAUAAGAGAAAUGCAAAAGUCUUUUGCGGACAGGCGGAUGGCCUGAACCCUCGCAGCCAAGAGAUUUUUGAAAGUUUUGGCUUUGUCGACAGGUUCCGCAAAGAAGCCUACUACUUGAAUGAGGUAUGGGCAACCAGUUCACCUGAUGAAAAUGGAGUCAUUCGCCGGGGAGAACGGACCCCAGAUACGCCACCGGGCCUCUCGAGAUUCAUGCACGCCACGCUGCACCAGGGCCGUAUCGAGCGUUUCUUUCUCGACAAUAUCAAAAAAUAUUCCAAGGACACCAUACAAGUCGAGCGGGGAGUCAUGCCCGAGUCUCUGGCAAUUGAAGAGACCAAGGUUCACGACCAAACUGCCUACCCCGUCACGGUUAAGCUGAGGCGUCUCAACGAGGAGGAGUCAACUCCAAAACAGCACGGCGGCGCACAGUUUGCUGACGGGCUGUUCCGGAGCAAUCUCUUUGGUGAGGCAGAUGAGGACGCGCUGCUUCAAAGAUCUUACGAAAGAGCCGGCGAGAGCGAAACUGUGCAUGCCAAGUACGUGAUUGGCUGCGAUGGCGCACGUAGCUGGACGCGGAACGUCCUCGGCUUCGAGCUCCAGGGAGAAUCCAUCGAUGCCAUUUGGGGUGUCAUGGACAUCGUUCCAUUUACAGACUUUCCUGGUAUACGAGAACGGAGCAUGAUCCAGUCGGCGGAAUAUGGAAGCCUCAUGGUCAUCCCUCGCGAAAACAAUUUGGUACGGCUUUAUAUCCAGUUGAUCGAGGUCAAGCUCGAUGCAACCACAGGCCGCGCCGACAAGUCCAAAAUCACCCCAGAGUCCAUCUUUGAUGCUGCCAAGAAGAUACUGCAACCAUACAAGAUUGAGUACGACGUUUGUGAUUGGUGGACUGCCUACCAGAUUGGGCAACGGGUAGGAACACACUUUCAAGCUCACGACCGUGUCUUUCUCGCGGGAGAUGCCGUGCACACUCACUCGCCCAAGGCCGGCCAGGGCAUGAACGUCUCCAUGCAGGACUGCUACAACCUCGGGUGGAAGUUGGCCCUCGUGAUCAAGGGAAUUGCACAGCCGAGUAUCCUGAGCACCUACGAGGCCGAGAGACGGCGCGUGGCGCAAGAGCUCAUUGCCAUUGAUCAUCGCCUGAGCCGGCAGAUUUCAGGGAAGCCCGUCAAAGACUCUGCGGACCCCACGGGUAUCAAUCCAGAUGAUUUCAAGAAAUCCAUGAUAGAAGGGCAUCUGUUCUUCCAAGGUUUGUCCAUCAACUACGGACCCAGCAGUCUCAUUGCCAAGCCCAGCGAGGCCGAUGAACAUGGCAAUGGCGGUGGAAUCGCACAAUCUACCAAGAUUAAUGCCGAAACCUUUGCAAAGCGACAAGCCUUGGCGACUGGUCUCCCCGUCGGCAUGCGUUUCAAUAGUUGCAAGGUCCUUGACCAGAGCGACGGCCGUAUCUGGCACCUUCAAGAGAAACUAAAAUCCGACGGACGCUUCCGCAUCGUCCUCUUUGCCGGCAACAUUCUGGAUCCCGCCCAGAAGCAGCGCGUAGAGCACCUCUGCACCCAGCUGGACGCGCCCAGCAACUUUCUCCGGCGCAUAACCGGCACCGGCAGCAUCGACAGCAUCGUCGAGAUCCUGACUAUUCACUCCGCCAAGCGCCACAGCGUCGAGCUGCUCCGCGACUUUCCGGAUAUCCUGCACCCGUUCAGCAGACAGACGGGCUGGGGCUAUCAUCAGGUCUAUUGCGACGAUGUGAGCGUAUACGAGGGUUUUGGGGACGCAUAUGUCAGCUAUGGAGUGGACAAGGACCGGGGCUGCGUCGUUGUUGUGCGACCGGAUCAGAUUGUGGCGUGGGUGGGCGAACUUGAUGACUUUGAUGACCUCCAGUCGUAUUUUCAAGGCUGUCUGCUCUUGAGCGAUUGA